UUGACUAAAAACAAAACAAAAAUUACAAAUUUGUAUAAGAAAAUGCAUUUAAAAAAUGAUAAUGAAAUGAACUCGAAUGGAAAUCAUUUAUCAGCAGCAACGAGUUGUUCAUCAUCUACAGACUCUGGUGUAAUUAUUAUUGAUAACAAAACAACAUUUAAUAACAGCAACAGCAAUAGCAACAAUAACAACAAUAGCAAUGACAACGCUACAACAACAUUGACAACAAGCAAAAUUGCAAAAGAUAAUACAAAUGAGGAAGCGAAAAAAAACAUUGAUAAUGGGCUACACAUUGAAAACGAAAAAUCGAGCCCAAAAUUAUUAAAAAAUAAUCAAAAUAAAAGUGAUAAAUUUAAUGCAAAUAAAAAUAAUAAUUUAAGUAUAGAAAAUAUAAUAAACAUAACAAAUACGCCAUCUAGCGACGAUGUUGAGGCACAAAAGAAUUGGCAGACUAGGAGUAGUAGCAGAAAUUGCAGUAGACCCAACUCAAAACAUUGCUCACCUGCAGUAUCUAUACGCAGUAUGUCGAUAUCGAUAGUUUCGAUCGAUGAGAAUGCCAUAGACUCAAGUAUUGUGGACUCAGACUCAGAGUGUGAAGCAGACGCUGAAGGAGUACACAGUAAUUAUAUAGUAAAAAAGCUAGGCCAACAAACAACAUUAGCACCAGAUAGUCCAGACUUGCCAAACAUAAAUAAAGGUCUAACAGUGAUCAGCCAAAGAAUAAAUCCAAAUGGAAAUUUAUCAGCUGGUGUUGGUCCAUUGGCUGAAAAUAUACUUAAUGGCAACCUACAACCACCAGGAUUGGGUGCAUUGACACCAGUUGCACCGCCACAAAUCGGUAGCAUUGCUUUGUCAAAUUCCACAGAUGUUACCUUUGGUGAUAAACACUUUUACGAGGGUCCAGUAACGAUACAACAGUUCCUUAUUGAUAAUCGCGAAAAGUGGAAACCAACCGAUGAGAAUGGGCAAGACAAUCCAGUAUUCGUAAACGAAAACAAUGCAAAGGAAAGAGACAACGGCGGACCAGGCAAAGAGGGUCGAACAACAGAAGCACAACAUCAGCCAUACAAAUUUAUUUUCAAUCGUAAAGCAGUUAUCAUAACAUCAGCAAUUAUCGUUUCUACGAUACUUAUCGGAAUACUCAUCGUUGCGACUAACCAUUGGUUCAGAUCAUCGAUACGUAAAAGUAAGCUAAUUGGGGAUGGCGAUGAUUCGAGAAAGAAUAUUCCAAUCAAUUCAACAAUAGACAAAGAUAACUUGGGUAGUGGAAAAGUAUUGAGAAUAGUACCACGUGAUGGUUGGCUUGCACAGCCACCUUCAAAACCGCUCUUAUCUCUUAAUUUGCCGGUAUCUAAAGUUAUUGUUUCAUCUACUGAUACAGAAGAUUGCACCACACAAUCCACUUGCACCUAUCGUGUACGCAUCUUACAAACAUACAAUAUAGAAGCCACACAUUAUGAUGAUAUAAUAUACAAUUUUCUAAUCGGUGGUGAUGGAAAUGUUUAUGAAGGACGCGGUUGGGAUAAUGUGGGAGCACAUCUCAAAGGUUGGAAUGAUAAGAGUAUCAGUUUAGCAUUCAUUGGAACAUUUAAAAAAUUAGAACCGAAUGAAAAACAAAUGAGUGUGAGCAAACUCUUACUUGAAGAAGGUGUGCGUUUGGGUAAACUUACAGAAGAUUACAAAAUUUAUGGUGCCCAGAAGAUCGAUCCAAAUGCCGGCAUAAUAGCCGCAGAUAAACUUUAUGAAACCUUUAAAAACUGGCCACAAUGGUCAGAAAGUCCUAGUUCUACUAAUGAUUAAUUACUAUAUUUAAAAACAUUUAAGAACUUAGUUACGUAGAUGUAUAGAU